UUGGAAGGUGAUGAGGUAUUGGAUGGAGUGGAGGGAAGGCUGAGGUUUGCCGACGAGUUCCCAAAAGUGGGAUACGGACAGAUGGAUAGAUAGAUAGAUAGAUAGGGCCGGCAACCCAGUUGGGUUUUCCUUUCCUUUUUGCGUUGAUAAACCCAGGCGGGGGCGGCGCCGCGCAGCUUACCAAUACCAAUUGGAGUAGAACCAACCAAGGAAAGAAUGGCCCGGCUGCUACUCUCCGGCGUCGCGCCGCUCCCCCUCCUCCCCUGCCGCCGUCGCGCCAUUGCAUUUGCGCUCCCACUUGGGAAUGUCCGCCUCCGCCUCCGUGUGGCCGCACCCACCAGCCGCGUGGCCACCGUGGAGGAGGACGACAAUGAAAAUAAUGCUCCUCCUCCUCCUUGUGAGGACUUCGACCCGGGCGCGGCGCCCCCGUUUGGUCUGGCCGACAUCCGCGCCGCUAUCCCCAAGCACUGUUGGGUGAAGGACCCCUGGCGAUCCAUGGGGUACGUGCUGCGCGACGUGGUGGUGGUGUUCGCCCUCGCUGCCGCCGCCGCGCGCCUCCACAGCUGCCUCGCCUGGCCGCUCUACUGGGCGGCGCAGGGAACCAUGUUCUGGGCGCUCUUCGUCCUCGGCCACGACUGCGGGCACGGGAGCUUCUCCAACAACUCGAGGCUCAACAGCGUGAUGGGCCACAUACUCCACUCCUCCAUCCUCGUACCCUACCAUGGCUGGAGGAUUAGCCACAGGACGCAUCAUCAGAACCAUGGCCAUGUCGACAAGGAUGAGUCCUGGCAUCCCCUCCCCGAGCGGCUGUACAGGAGCCUUAACAGAGCCACCCGGAUGCUCCGCUUCUCCAUACCCUUCCCCAUGCUCGCCUACCCAUUCUACCUGUGGUCUCGGAGCCCAGGAAAGUCUGGUUCGCAUUUCCAUCCCAGCAGCGACCUGUUCCAGCCCAACGAAAGGAACGAUGUGCUGACAUCCACAGCGUGCUGGGUGGCCAUGGCUGCCCUCCUCGCAGGCCUCACCUUCCUCAUGGGACCCCUCCUCAUGCUCAACCUCUACUUUGUCCCUUACUGGAUUUUUGUUAUGUGGCUGGACUUCGUCACCUACUUGCACCAUCACGGCCACAACGACAAGCUGCCCUGGUACCGUGGCAAGGAAUGGAGCUAUUUGCGGGGAGGACUGACGACAGUGGACAGGGACUAUGGGUGGAUCAACAACAUCCACCACGACAUCGGGACACAUGUCAUUCACCAUCUUUUCCCCCAAAUCCCGCAUUACCAUCUAAUUGAGGCGACGGAAGCAGCAAAGGGUGUGAUGGGGAAAUACUACAGGGAGCCGGACAAGUCUGGGCCUUUUCCCUUACACCUGUUUGGAGCGCUGUCCCGGAGCUUGAAACGCGACCACUAUGUCAGCGACACCGGAGAUGUGGUCUACUACCAGACCGACCCUGCUAACUAAAUUAAUUUUACAUUUCCUUCAAUUCUUUUAAGCCCGGAGGCUUAAAUUAGCUUAAUUAGAUAGCUGCGACUGACCUGGACAUGUAUUCAACAUUCGAUCCACAGACAGAUAGAAAGAGACCUAUAUAUAUCGCCGAUCAAUCGAUAUAUAUGUGCGUGUCCGUGUGGAGAUAUGGAGGUCACAAUUCUUUCCAUGGAUAUAUAGGAGUAUACAUACAUGUAUUGAAGGAUAUGUAGCUAGAUUUGAUGUGCGUGCGUGCUGUACUUUGUAAGACGCAGCAUAAAGCUAGUGACAAUUUGGACAAGGCCAUAUUGAUAUAUCCAUUAUAUACACACCUCAA